AUGUGGUUUGUCAGCAUGUGUGUGUGUGUGUGCAGGGUGCUGAUCCUCCACCUGAAGCGCUACAGCUACAACACUCAGCUGUCCCUGAACAGCAAGCUGGGCCAGCAGGUGUUGAUCCCCAGACACCUGACGCUGCUGUCCCACUGCACCGAUGCCACGCGGCCCCCCCUCAGCCUCGGCUGGAGCGCGCAGGCCGCCCUCUCCAGGACCCUGAAGACGUCGCAGUCCGUCAACUCCUCGACACUACGGAAGGGUUCUGUGAAGCCCGAGAGCUCGGGGAGUGUGUUGUGCGACUCGGACAGUGAGGAGGAGCUGGUCAGGAAAGUGGGUCGCAGACUUCAUCCAGAGGAAGACCGGACGGAAGAGUCUGAAAGCAUGAAUGACGAGGAGAUGCUGGCGGCAGUGCUGGAGUUUAGUCGCCACGACACCAGCCUCCCCGCGGGCCCCGAGGACGAGCCCACCAGCAGCCCUGACACGGGCUUCGGGGACGCGGAGGGACACGAGCCCGCGCAGCACCUGGACCUGCUGGAGCCGGAGAAGCCGCCCGCGGAUGCUCUGGAGUCUCUGGAUCUGACCAUGGAUGAGAACAAGGAGAACGAGACGCCCGAGGGAGCCCCGGGCGAGCUGGACUGGGUGCAGCAGUUCAGUCUGGAGCAGGAGCGUGAGGAGCAGGAGCUGCAGCAGGCGCUCGCCCAGAGCCUGCAGGAACACGAGGCGAGAGAGAUGCGAGAAGAUGAUGACCUGAAGAGGGCCACAGAGCUCAGCUUGCAAGAGUUCAAUAACUCCCUGCCCGAGCUGCUGUGCUCCGACGACGACUCGGGCAACGAAGACGGCCUGGAUAUGGAGUACAGCGAGGCUGAAGCGGAGGAGCUCAAGAAGAACGCUGAGACCGGAGAGCUGCCCAACUCGUUCCGGCUCAUCAGUGUGGUCAGCCACAUCGGCAGCAGCUCCUCGUCAGGGCAUUACAUCAGUGACGUGUACGAUAUGAGGAAGCAGUCGUGGCUCACCUACAACGACCUGGACGUGUCACGCACGCAGGAGUCCACCGUGCAGAGGGACCGGGACCGCAGCGGAUACAUCUUUUUCUACAUGCACAAAGAGGUGUUCGAGGAGCUGUCGGAGCUGGAGAAGGCCGGAGGGAACGGUGACGCCGCACGCACAGUCCUGCAGCCGCUCUAACAUCCCAUAAUGCCCCUGACCUGAGCCCAGGGUAAAGCCUCAGCCCUCAUCAGCGCUACUGAAGACCACACACACACUCACCCCUCCUGAGGGCACUUCUCUCUCUCCCUGUGGACGCUGUAGACUUGCGGUUAGAUGGAUACAUGUUCUAGAAACUCAUAGAGGUGCAAAAUGUUUAUGGGGAGCAGCAAAGAAAAAUAAAUAUAUGAAUAUAGUUUCUCGAAAGGUGCAACUCCAGGACGGAAGGAGUUGCCGCUUAAUUUUCUCUUUUGUUUGCCUUUAAUAUGAGAAGUCCCUUUGGUGAACUUCUCAUGCAUUAAAUAUUUGAAGCGUGUUUCUCUAUGAAAUCUUCUUUGUUCUUCUUUCCCCUCUGCAGAUUUUUAGAUUCCCUUCCUGGUCUAUUGCAUACAAAACUUUAUUCUUGUAUCUGUGUGUGUGGGAUAUUGAGUACGGGGGGUGUGUGUUUCUCGUUUGAUAUGCAGCUGGAAAUGUGGUGCAAUAUUUGCUUUCGCCGGUCGGCUUUUAUACAGCGACGAGAGAGCGGCUCGGUUUAUACUCAAGGCUUCACUGAUGACUGUUUGUUUUAUUCUCAUUUUAUAAAGCGUUAUUCUAACAAGCUCAAUGGUAUUGAUGACGUAGCUUGUCUUUUUUUAAAGAUGGCCCCUGACAGACCCAGUGAAGCGUUUAGUUUUCCUUCUGUUGAGCUUUAUGUGGAGUUGCACAGCCGUCGUGUAGAAAAGUGUGUGUCUUCAGGAAGAAGUGAAACGUUCAUACACCUUUACUGGAUAUAGAGAGCAUGCCAUGUGACUGUGUCAGCUGAUGUUAUUUAUUUUAGGAUGUCUGUAAGUCUUGUUUCCAUGUGUCCGGUCACCACUUUAUUCAUGUCUUCUGUUGGGGUCGUCUUGAGGAGAUUGUGUUUCUGAAACAACAGUGCUAUAAGCUCUACUCGAUUGCUUAGUAAUUCAGUCUUUGGAUUCCUUGAACACAUUUUAAAAUAAAACUGAUUUAGAGAAACGAGUGCUGGUGUGUGUGUGUCACGUGUGGUGUGCGUAUCUCUUGGUGAGCGGCUCGAGCCGGCUGCCCGUGAGCCUGUUGAACUCGCUGAGGACGUAGCUCUCCUUCUGCUGCAUCUGUGUGUGGGACAGAGAGAAGACGUGUGUCCGUCAGGCAUCACUCUUACAAACUUUAUUACACACAUAAGGCAUUCAAAAUACAAAUUACUAUGGAUUUAAUAAUAUAUAUAUUAAAUACAAAAUUUAUAAUGCCUAUUAUUGUUCAAUAAAUAAGUUUUCAACUCA